UGCGUACAGAACGUUAUUACCAACAGUCUGCAUCUUGGGGUCCAUCACGGAUGGUAUCCAAUAUCUUCAAUCUAUAAGGAAUAAUAAGUAGUUCGAGAUAGAAAAUCUGCAUCUUUUUUUUUCGCGCAUCUUUACGGAUUCGAUCAGUAAAAGUGUACAAGUGCCUUGAACUGGGGCUGUAGGACGGAUCUAAACAAUCCAAGGAAUAUUGUGGUGUUGAAAGUUUCACAAACGGAAAAUUUUAUUGUUGAAGGAUGUCAUCAUUAAGAAUUUUCACACUUCUACUUGUUGGAGCAACAUUAGCCGUAGCACAACGACGUCUAGCUUUGCCAGAUCCCAGAAGUUGCGCAAACCGUGUUCGCCAUGCAACCUACCGUGACGCUCGAGGAGUAGCACACUCCUACUUCUUCAGUUGGGAGCACGCUCCCACUCGUAGCUUGGAAGUCGACUGGUUGGACGCUCGUAACAUCUGCCGUCGUCAUUGUAUGGAUGCCGUUUCUCUAGAAACACCCCAAGAAAACGAGUUCAUCAAGCAAAGAAUAGCACGUGGUAAUGUUCGUUACAUCUGGACAUCAGGACGUAAAUGCAACUUCGCAGGAUGCGAUCGUCCUGACUUGCAACCACCAAAUGAGAACGGAUGGUUCUGGUCUGGAUCUGGUGCCAAAAUUGGACCAACCAGUCAACGCAACACCGGAGAUUGGUCAUACACCGGAGGAUACGGACAAGCUCAACCUGAUAACCGUGAAGCUGCCCAAGGCAAUGACGAGUCAUGCUUGUCCAUCUUGAACAAUUUCUACAAUGAUGGUCUUAAAUGGCACGAUGUCGCCUGUCAUCACUUGAAACCAUUCGUUUGCGAGGACUCUGAUGAACUCUUGAACUUUGUCCGCUCACGUAAUCCCGGAAUUCGCCUAUAAGCGAUGAAAGCUUAAGUACAAUGCAAUAAGGAUAAUCAAAAAUUACUAAAAUACUUAAUUUAUAUUAUAUAUAAAUUAAUAGCCUAUAAACAGCAAUGAACUCAGUAAUAGUCACAGAAUUGCAAUAUGUCCCCGCCCCAAAAUGUUUAUAUGUAGACUCCAGAUCACUUUGGGUAUAAGGAAGAAAACUAACUCUAACUUAAGCAAAUGGUUGAGCUAUCUUUUUAUCUACUUUGGAUUUUCCAGACGUUCGUUUCGCGAGAUCCUUUCUGAAAUUUGUCGGGCCACAGUUAACUAAUAAAUAGGAGAAUUCAGAGUAUGGUGCUAGCGCAAUAGAAACCCCUUUUCUGAAAUAAAACCUUUGGAGAAUCUGUGAAUCUUAUUACACACUACACUGACAAUUUUGUGUCUAAAGAGUUACAAUAAAAACAAAACAAAAACAAUUUUUUAUUUGAUCUUGUUUAGUUCUAAAUUUGUAUGUUAAUAAAUGAAUAUAAU